AUAAUAUUAUCAAGUUCAAUCUUGGGAGGAAUUUAUUUAAAUAUUAUUCUCUUAAAUCAUAUCUAUAUAUAAACUCCACUACCUUAAUCCAUCACCAUUCAACGUGCAUUGCAGUUUGAAAGCGCCUUCGAAGAACGAACUGUAACCAUAUGGACGGCGAGGCAGUGAUCGAGUUUCUAGGUUGCGUUCCCCUCCUUCAGAGGCUCCCGAGUUCCUCUCUCCGGAAAAUUGCCCAUCUCGUCGCCGUUAAACACUUCGAGCGCGGAGAGUAUGUUGUUCGCGAAGGGGAGGCCGGGGAUGGAAUUUACUUCAUUUGGGAUGGAGAGGCUGAAGUUUGCGGCUCUGUCCAUUCCGAAGAUGAAAAUCGUUCGGAAUUCCUGUUGAAACGUCUUGACUAUUUCGGUUAUGGUGUAGAUGCUCAACAUGCAAAUGUAAUUGCGUUGUCUAAGCUGACCUGUUUAGUGCUGUCCCAUGAGUAUCGUGAUCUGCUGCGACCAAAGUCAAUCUGGAGUGAGGAUAAAACAGAAGAGACAUGUUCACUUGUGGAGAAUAUACUGCACUUGGAGCCAUUAGAAGUGAACCUUUUCAUGGGGAUCACUUUGCCCAAUGCUCCAAAAUUCGGGAAGGUGUUUGGAGGGCAAUUUAUUGGGCAGGCACUGGCUGCAGCAUCAAAAACUGUGGAUUGCCUUAAGUUAGUUCAUAGUCUGCAUGCUUACUUCCUUAUUGUUGGGGAUUUUAAUUUGCCAAUCAUAUAUCAAGUUCACCGUCAACGUGAUGGGAACACUUUUGCCACCCGAAGGGUAGAUGCAAUACAAAAUGGCAAUGUUGUAUUCACAUUGCUUGCUUCAUUCCAGAAAGAAGAGGGAGGGUUUGAUCAUCAGGAAGCAAUGAUGCCCUUGGUGCCUGACCCUGAAAAGCUUUUAUCAAUGGAAGAGUUGCGAGAGAGACGUCUUACUGAUCCUCGUCUUCCCAUAACUUACAGGAACAAGGUCGCCACUACAAAGUUCAUACCAUGGCCCAUAGAGAUAAGAUUUUGUGAGCCUAAUAAUUCUACUGCUCAAACUAAAUCUCCUGCAAGAUUAAGGUUUUGGUUUAGAGCAAAAGGAAAACUUUCAGAUGACCAGGCUUUGCAUAGAUGUGUAGCCGCAUUUGCUUCAGAUCUAAUAUUUAUAUCUGUGAGUUUGAAUCCUCACCGCAAGAAGGGUUUAAAAGCAACUAGUGUCAGUUUGGAUCACUCAAUGUGGUUUCACAGGCCAUUUAGAGCUGAUGACUGGUUAUUGUACGUGAUAGUGAGUCCUACUGCAUACAACGCUCGGGGCUUUAGUUCUGGCCAGAUGUUCGACAGGAAGGGAAAGCUUGUCGUAUCAUUGACUCAAGAAGGCGUAGUAAGGAAGGCGAAACCACCACCCAUUUCUGCUCUCCCACCUUCAAAGCUUUAGUUAAAUAUACUGGAGAUCAUCAAAAUCACACUAGUCUGGUGAUCCGUUUCAAUACUUUCGGGCUCCCAGUAUUCUGCUCCAGGGUAUUCAUUUUUAUUCGUUACCCUUGUAUUAUGUAUCACAGUUUCAACAAUCAUAAAUUGCCCAAAUAAAUCAUUUAGACGCUACUUAUGUACGAGUCAUUUAGUCACAUGUCACUUGUUCCUUGAUGGAAGUCUGAACAAAAUGCUUGUCAUAUUGUAUGGGAUUUAAUUAAAUUUCAAAAUCAUGAAUAAUCAUCGGUUGAAUUGGAA